UUAAAAUUAUUUAUCAUCUUCAUUAAUUCUUCCAGUUCCACGUCUUCUCCUCUUCUCACAGUCCCAAAAUCCUUCCCUCCGAUGAACCAUGUCAAGAAUUUGACGACCCAUGUCCAGAAUUUAAUAUCAAACACGUCUUCUCUUCUCAAUACCCAGAAGAAUUGCACAACCCAGUUCCCAUUCCGGAUUCGUUCCCGCCGGAGACCCAAGAUAAUAGCCUUCGUGGUCGGAGCCGCUCUCCAGCUCCGACGUCGUCGCUCUCCACCACCUACACCCUCUCUGGAAAGUUACAAACACGUGGACAUCAUGGAAAAUACAUCGGAGGAAUGGCAGUUUUUCCCAACAGAAACACAGAUGGCAUAUAUCCCUGAUGUUGAAGAUGAUAUGAAACCAAAAGCUGGGCAGCAAUUCAAGUCAUUGGAUGCAACAUACAAUUUCUACAAUGAUUAUGCACUUAAGGCUGGAUUCAGUGUCAGAAAAAGUAAGGAGACGAAGAAGAAGGGAAUAGUAUAUUGGAAACAAUAUGUUUGUUCUAAAGAAGGGGAAACUGAUGAGACAUGGAGGAAAAAUGAAAUUGAGGAAAGAGCUAGACCGAGGGAAGACUCGAACAGGGUGCAAUGCAAAAUUAACUGUAUGUUAUGAUGAAAGUAAUUAUGUGGUCAAGACUUUCAAUGAGGAACACAAUCAUCCUCCUACAACACCAAGCAGAGUUCACUUGUUAAGAUCACAGCGUACUGUGUCUACCGCAAAAAAGAAUCUAAUACAAGACUUGAGGCGGGUGGACAUUCCUAUAUACCAGCAAUUUGAAUUAUUCGAGACACAAGCUGGUGGGCAUGAAAAUGUUGGCUGCAUUGAAAGAGAUUUAAGAAAUGCGGUGCGAGAUGAGAGAGAAGAAGUCAAGGGUCAUGAUGUUGACAUUUUAUAUGAGCACUUCAAAGCUGAGCAAGAGAAGGACCCAGAUUUCUUUUUUGAAUUUUAUACAGAUGAAGAAAACAGGCUUGUCAGAUGUUUGUGGGUUGAUUCAAUUGGAAAAAAAUCAUAUACAUAUUUUGGUGAUGUGGUUGUUUUUGAUACGACAUACAACACCAAUCGUUAUAAGAUGAUUUUUGCUCCAAUAGUAGGUGUGAACCACCACGGGCAAACCGUUGUUUUUGGAUGUGCAUUUUUGAGCGAUGAGACCUUUGAUUCGUUUGUUUGGUUGUUGAAAACAUGGCUUGCAGCAAUGCCCAAAAGUGCUCCGAAUGUUAUUAUCACCGAUCAAGAUCAAGCAAUGAGUAAGGCAAUUGCUCAUGUUUUGCCAAACACAUUUCACAGGUAUUGUGUGUGGCAUAUUCUGAAAAAAUUUCCAGAGAAGACUAAUGUAGCUUUUAUGCAAGAUUACUAUGAACUUUUCAAGACAUGUAUAUGGGAUUUGGAGUGUCCAGAAGAAUUUGAAAAGAGAUGGUUUGAAGCAUUGGAAAAAAGUCAACAGACAAAUAAUGAAUGGUUAGAAAAAAUGUUUGAAUUGCGUGGCAGGUGGAUUCCAGCAUACGUAAAUAAAAACUUUUCAGCAGGGAUGUCAAGCAGCCAAAGAGUAGAAUCUGCACAUGCAUUCUUCAAGCGUUAUUGUGAUAAAGAAAACACCUUGAUGGAUUUUGUCACGCGUUUCAAUAGGGCGGUUGCUCAUCAGAGACAUGAAGAAUUGAUUGAAGACCAUAGAGAUUUGAAUGAGACACCUAACUUGAAAUUAGGGAUGCCAAUGGAGGUCCAAAUGGCUCAAUUAUAUACCAAAAAGUACUUUCAGCACUUUCAAGCUCAGCUUCAUGAUGGUAAUGGUUAUAUGGUAAAUGCCGUAAUGGAAGAUGACAGUAGUUGUGUUUACAAGACUGAAAGGGUGUUUGUUGAAAACUUUAGGAUGCGGACGCUUGUACAUGAUAAGGUAUCAAACAUAGUGACAUGUAGUUGUAAAAUGUUUGAAUUUGAAGGUAUUCCUUGCAGGCAUAUUUUGGCUCUGUUACGACUAAAACAGAUUAUGGAAUUGCCAAAGGAAUAUAUUCUACGAAGAUGGACAAGGUUUUCAAGAAUUCGUAGAGAAAGGUGUCAAGGGCAAGAUGGUGCAGAUAAUUCAUUAAUAAUGAGACACAACGGUAUGUUCAAAAUUGCAUCCAAUUUAAUUGAUGAGGCUGCAAUUUCACCAGAGGGGACCGAACUUGUGCAAAAGGCAUUUGAAGGACUUAUGGAGCAAGUUAAGAAACUAAAUAUUUCUGUUGGCCAAGCUUCUAUCAACAAUUAUUCAGUAGGAACUUUUGAAGAGAAUCGCUUCCUAGAUCCUUCUCAAGUGAAGACUAAAGGUAGUGGAAAACGCAUAACAUCAUGGAGAGACAGGAAAAGAAAAGUUAGACAUUGUUCUAAAUGUCAAAGUACUAAACAUACUAAAAAGACAUGCACAUUUGAUAGGUCAGAGAUUGUGGAAAAUGAUGUCGACAAAGCAUUGGGUGAACAAGAUUACUUGGUUGAUGAACUAUAACUUGUAACAGACAAAACAAGCUUCAGGAAAUUUGUAGUUGAGAGCAUAUUUUGGCUGAUGCUUCAUGCAAGUCCUGUUGCAUAUUGUUAUUCUAGUACUUGUGGAGGAAAACUUUUUGCUUAGAUAAUUUACUUGCAGCAGUGGUUUGGGGGCCGCUGCCAACCCGCUGCAUUCUUCUUAUAAGUUGAUAGAGUUUGUGUAUAUGGGAAGGUCAAAAACAUCCUUGUAUCUAUUUCAUAUGCAUGUAGACUGAAGAAGGAAUUGAACUUUGUCUGAGACCUGGUGAAAUUUCUUUCCUUUGGCUUAUGAGCAACUAGUUUUCUGAGUCAAAAAAUGAAAGUGUAGCAUUUUAAUUGAUAUAUUUCGAUGUCAAACAUUUAAGCUUUAAUA